AUGAAGACAGUGCGUGACUUCUUGGGGAGCAUCGGUGUUACGUGGCCAGCGUUCCAGAAAAUCCACACCAGACGCAGGUUUGCACCUAUGAAGAAAUGCAAUCAGUGCAGUGAUGGUGGCUUCGUUGCUUUGCAAACCAAGAUUCUAGAGGAUGGGAAAAUCCAGUGCCCUGCGUGCUCAGAGCUUCUUUCUGUUUGUGGCUUCCAACCCGAAGACCUGAGCAGAUUCAUUGCCCGUCUCGAGGAGAAUGGUCCCCAGAGCAAUGCUGAACCUGAUGGCAAGGAGACAGAAGCAAAGGCCGCCAAGGCUGACGACGCCAAUGAAAAGGAGGCCACCGAUCCUGCAAGCAAAGAAGAACAAGCAGAUGCAUUUGCUUACGUGAGGCAAUUCGCCCCUGACAUCGAGCUGCUCCAGCCCGGAGACUACGGCAAGAAGUUUGGGUACCGAUGCAGAAUUUGCACCAGCAAGAACUAUCCACAAGGAAAAAUUGGUGAACUCCAUGCAGCGAAGCCAUAUGCGGUGAAGCAUUUUCUGGAGCAACACAUGAAUUCCGUGACCCAUCAGCGCCAACUGGCAGCAAAGAAGAAAGCCUCGGAAGAGGACCUAGUUCCUUGUGCUGGGAUUUCAGUGAAAGAUCCUCGCAGUGGACAUUUGUAUGCACUCAGGCAGGAAUUCAGCCUUUGGAGCCAAUUCACGAACUUCGAAGCCCAUGCAAAGCAUAAGUAUCGGAGAGAAGCCAACAGCGAGGAAGGAGACGUCUGGUACAUUACAUCGGCUUCAUGCAAAGGACGCUGCAAGCCUUUGGGCGAUGCAGUGCGGCCUGUAUGUGAUGCAUGUUUCGCACUGACAGACAGUCACGCUGUGCCCAGGAAUGUGGCAAGAUUUGGAGUGAAGUACUACGCGGCUUGUUUAUUGUCGGCACGCUUGUUCUUGCCCAAGGCGGACCAGAAUGCAGUGGAGCUAGAGAUCCAGCAGAGUGGGCUGUAUCAAAAAGACCAGAAGAAAAUGGACAACAUCCUGAGGAUGCGUGCAGACAACCUGCAACAAUUUGUGCGGGCAAGCAUUUGCUCAGAGCAUACAAGAACAGAUGCUAUGAAGCAAUUUAUUUCAACAGUGGUCACUCCAUCUCUGCGAGUCAAUGUAGCCUCUGUUUCAGAUCGUCUCGCGAGCACCAUUGCACAGUUCAGUGCAUGCAUCAGCGCAGGAAAUUUCAGCGAUCUUGAUACAGCUGCGCUGAAGGUUGCAGUCGCUGCGAUCAGCGGGGAUUUGGACGAGCAUCCAAUGAUAUUGGGGCUGGCGCUACAAUGCCAGAAGAAACUCCAAAGAGAGAAACGUGGAAUCACUUCUAUGUGUGGAAGAAAGAACAGCCACGAGACAGAGCGCGAGCAGACUCUCAUUGCUGAAGCUGGCAUGCAGCUAGCAAUAACAUCUGGGAACUCAUCUCUGCUAAGGGAAUUUGGAAUGAACCUGCAAUCUGUGAGAGUUUCUUUGGACAUCCUUGAGGAGAAUUCCUUGCCCACACCAGCGCUGGCUUUGUGGGAUGCAAAUUGGCUGAAGGAGAACUUCAUUGUGGCCAACCAGCGCUUCAGGCAACACCCCGGAUCCAGCAGAUGUCGCCUAGUGGUUGCAUUUGACGAGACCUACUUGACAAGAACCCUAUGCCAAAUGAAGAUCGGUGGCCGUGUCGGGCUGGUCGGGGGUGCUUGGCUUCCAGCAAGCUCAAGCAGCUGCUUUUUGCCGCUCGACAAGGGAGACAUCGACGUGAAGGGAACGCCAAAGGCUUCCACAAUGUUGCAUUUUCUGGGAUGGUGCCCAAGCUCACCAAAAAAGACUCCGCUCAGCCUAUGUUCAAUGCCAGUUGAGCAUUCCCGCCAGACCAUGAAGGGAGCUGUCCGUGGAAAGUGGCUCUUGCUUGAGAUCUGCGGGAAGUUCAUGGAGCAAAGCCAGGGCACAGUGAAAGCAUUGGUUUUUGAUGGGCAUACCUGCCAUGUCUACAUCCGCAAGCUGCUGCACGGACAGACAGAUGACAUCGACAUGGACGAGGUAAGGGAGAUACCCUUCUUCAAAGACCUUGUGUAUGAGCCUGUGCCAGUGAACUGCCUCCCACAUUUUCCCAUGAGGAUCGCCAGGCAAGGGCGCGAUGGAGAAUGCAUUUGGGGCCUUGGUGGAGUUUGCCACGCCAAUAAGAACACGGGGGGACAACUGUCCUCCUGCCUCCGUACGCUCCUAUACGGAGACUACUUCUGCGACAUGGUUGCCGCCCGCGAGCACGGGUUGCCGCCGGCCGCCUUCGGGCGGUCAAACCCGAUGAGCGACUCUCUCCAGGCCAUCCUCAUGAACCCAUUUUAUUUAGUCAAAGAGGAGUCUUUUUCUUUAGACGACAUGCAGAUACCGUGGAGUCUUCGUGGCGCCUUAGUCCACAACAUGGUUGUCGCUAUGUGCGUAGCUCCGAUGUUGAACCAGCGCCUCAAGCUUCAAGAACGAUGCGAAAUCGCCCUCAGCGGCUUUGUCUCAAUGGACCUAUUUUGGAUGGUUGCAGAGCAGAAGUGUCAGCAGCUCAAAUUACCAAAAGGCAGCUGCUUCAUGUCUGGCCAGACUUGCAGCAACCUACAGUAUUGUGCUCUCAGUGCUGCGUUGAUAUGCCUGACAAAGAGUGAGGAUUUCAAUCCAUGGAGAUUUUCAAUUGGGCGUUUAAGUGAGAUGCCCAUUGAACAUCAGUUCGGAUACCUACGCAGUCAAUUUUCAAACUCCCAGAUGACGGCCAGGGGCUUUUUUCAGGCAGAUUGCAGGCAAGCUCUCAAGGUGAACAAGGUCUUGAGGAAGACUGCGCUUCCGUCACAGAAGCCGGAGCCAGCUUUGACACCGGAUGAGCCACUUGAUUUCCAUCAUGUUCCAUGA